AUCACCAUGAGUUCUUCAUUUGGCUUGCUGCUAUCUGUAUUAAUAGGCCUUGUAUUAGUUGCUUCAGCUGCAAACUUUAAGCAAGACAUAGAUGUUACAUGGGGAAAUGGCAGGGGCAAGAUUCUGGAAAACGGCCAGCUUUUGACGCUCACACUCGACAGAUUCUCAGGCUCUGGUUUUCAAUCCAAGAAUGAAUAUCUGUUUGGGAAGAUUGAUAUGAACAUGAAGCUUGUUCCAGGAAACUCUGCUGGCACUGUUACUACUUAUUACCUUCGUUCACAAGGAUCCACUUGGGAUGAAAUAGACUUCGAGUUCCUGGGGAACCUUUCCGGCGAGCCUUAUACGGUUCAUACGAAUGUGUAUUGCGGUGGGAAAGGAGACAGAGAGCAACAGUUUCACCUUUGGUUCGAUCCCACCAAAGAUUUUCAUACUUAUUCUCUUCUUUGGAACCCUCGACGCAUCAUCUUCUCUAUUGACGGCACUCCGAUCAGAGAGUUCAAGAACUUGGAAUCGUUCGGCGUUCCGUUCCCGAAGAGGCAGCCGAUGAGGGUGUAUUCGAGUCUUUGGAACGCCGACGAUUGGGCCACUCGAGGUGGACUCAUCAAGACGGAUUGGAGCAAAGCUCCCUUCACUGCUUCUUACAGGAAUUACAAAGCUGAUGCCUGUGUCUGGUCUGCCGGAAAGUCAUCGUGUUCGUCGAGCUCCGGUUCUCCGAGCUCGUGGUUGUUGCAGGAGCUGGAUAUCGGCAGCCAACAAAGGCUGAGAUGGGUGCAGAAAAACUACAUGAUCUACAACUAUUGCACUGAUACCAAUCGGUUCCCUCAGGGACUUCCUAAAGAAUGCACCGUUCGUUAACUACUGGCACACACAUUUUUUUGUUCGAACAAAUCUCAGUAAUAC